AAUUUUAUGAUGUUUUUACCCUUGAUGAUGAAAAGAUGCUGGAAUUUAUUCCGAGACCUGUUUAUGCCCUUCUUUUUGUUUUUCCAGUUAAAGAAUCAGAUAAAAAUUGCAAUUCUAUAAAAACUAAAGAAAUAUUAAUUAAAAAUCAAAAAAAUGUUAUAUGGUUUAAACAAACAGUCAGAAAUUCAUGUGGAGCAAUUGCUUUACUUCAUGCUACAACCAAUGGCGGCGCCAAAAACUUUAUACUUCCUAAUACUUUACUUGCAAACCUUUUAAAAAAAAUUGAAUAUCUAAGUUCAUCUUCACUUUCAAACAUGUUUGAAUUUUCACAACUUAAAACUAUUCAUGAAAGUAAGAAAAAAAACUACUUUAUUUUAUAUUUUCUUAAAAUAGAAUUUGCAUCUCAAGGAGAAACAACGCCUCCAGGAGCCUUGGAAGACAUCUCUCUUCAUUAUAUAUGUUUUGUAAAAUCAUCAGUGGAUGGACAUCUGUAUGAACUUGAUGGUCGUAACCCUUUGGGACCUAUUGAUCAUGGGCUUUUAAAUGAUAAUGACAUACUAGGAAAUCAAACUAUUCAAAUUAUUAAAAACUACAUCAAUAAAAGAGAAAAAGAUAUUCAAUUUAGUUUAUGUGCUCUUGCAUAUAAAUUUCAUUAA